AAGCGGAAGCGCUCACUGGCGGGAAGUGUGAAGCCUGCCUGGGUGAAGUGUUAUGACAUGUUUUUUCUCCGUGGCUGUUGUCAUCGUCAAACUGGAUGACUAACUUUAAACUUAGCUAAACAAUCCACCAACACAGCUAAUACGUCGGCACAGUUGCGCCUACAGCCUGUAUUUGGUUGAAAAUGAAGGCUGAGAUGGAGAAAAUUGUGUCGCUGUCAGAUGGAGACAGUACAGCCGAGCUUCAGGAGUACCUCUCCUCGCUGACAGAUGAUCAGUUAAUAACUGUGAUCACUACCAGCGCACUGAAGCGUAAAAAGAUCGGUACAGUGAUCAAAGGCAUUUUUAAAGGCUCUCCGCCCAGCGCUCCUGAGGGCUGCAGCCGCAGACUGCUCCUGUAUCAGCACUGCAUCCCCCUGUGUGAGUCUGGCGACCUCCAGGCUGACGUGGCAGCAGAUAUCAUCGGACUGCUGAUGCUCGAGACUCACAAUUUGCCUGGACCAUCUCUUGCACAACUGGCAUCUCUUUUUGUUGAAGCCAUUAAAGGUGGAAUGAUGGGCAGUGGAAAAUCCCUGGAACUUUUUCCCACUGUCCUUACAGCACUUGCCGCCUGUGAAGCCGUGUCUUAUGGCAAAGGCGAACUCAGCGGUGAAGAAUACAAAAAACAGCUGAUCAACAGCCUCUGCUCUAGCAGAUGGGAUCCACAGUGUGUGAUCCACCUGACAACCAUGUUCAGAGAUGUACCCUUGGCACCAGAGGAGUUGCAGUUUGUGGUGGAAAAGGUGCUGAGGAUGUUCCUCAAACUGGAGCUGCAGGAGAUUCCACCACUGGUCUACCAGCUGCUGCUUCUAUCAGCAAAGGGCUGUAAGAAACAGAUCCUGGAUGGAAUCAUCAGUUAUUUUAAGGAGCAAGACCUUCGUCAGGAGGAAGAACGGAAAGAUGGAGAAAGCAUGGAUCUAGAGGUUCAGUCCAUUCCACAGGACCAGUUAAGGCAUGUGGAGGGCACUACCAUCCUGCACAUAGUCUUUGCUAUUCGACUGGAUCAUGAGCUCGGGAGAGAAUUCCUUAAAAGUUUCAAGACAUCUUAUGGGGAACUGUGUCCUUUCAGCAUUGCCCUGUUGCUCUCUGUGGCACGUAUCCAGCGCUACGAGGAGCAGGUGUUUGACCUUUUGAAGGGGGCGAUCAUUAAGAGCUACAAAGAUGAGCAGCUUCAGCAGGGGUCAAAGUUCCUUCAGGACCUCCUGCCCGAGCACUGCAGUGUGGCACAUAUGAUCCUGGACACAGUCAAGAACAGUGUGUUUGGUUGGGAUCAUGUGACCCAGGGGCUGGUUCAGUUGGGCUUCUUCUUGUUGGACACGUUCGGGCCCCGACCUGGGCCAUUUGGCAAGGCAUCAGAAGGGUCUGCUACCAUAGCCAAGAGCCCCACUCAGCAGGCAUGUAAGCUGGGUGGCCGGAUCCUGCUGGAGGGCUUCAAGGUGCAUGAGCCUAUCAGAGGAGAGAUACUGGAGCAAGUCCUGAAUCGAUUAGUCACCAAGACAGCUUCACCUGUCAACCAUUUCAUUGAGCUGUUCUCAGAUAUUGUGGUCUCAGCUCCCAUGAUCCUUCUGGAGUCAUCCUCCAAGGUGACAGAGACAUUUGACCAUCUGUCAUACCUGCCUUUGGCUACUGUGCAAGGCCUGCUGAAAGCUGUCCAGCCCCUUCUGAAGGUCAGCAUGUCCUUGAAAGAUGCUUUGAUUCUAGUUCUGCGUAAGGCCAUGUUCUCCAGCCAACUGGAUGGAAGGAAGUCUGCAGUGACUGGCUUCCUGCUACUGCUGAAGAACUUCAAAGUGUUGGGCAGCUUGGCGUCAAGCCAGUGUAGCCAGACCAUCUCAUCCAGUCAGAUCCAAGUGGACGUUCACUCCCGUUACAACUCUGCUGCCAAUGAGGCCUUCUGUCUGGAGAUUCUCAGCAGCCUUCGUCGCUGCCUGGGCCAGCAGGCUGAUGUUCGCCUCAUGCUCUACGAGGGCUUCCAUGAUGUUCUCCGUCGCAACUCGCAACUUGCAAGCUCCAUCAUGCAGACCCUCCUCUCACAACUGAAGCGGUACUACGAGCCUGAACAAGACCUCCUGCCCCCAGUUAAGUUGGAGCCAUGCAUCACUGCUCAGGGAGACCAAGUCUUUCUACAGGAGCCCCUGGCCCACCUGGUGAGCUGCACUGUACAUUGCCUGUUGUGGCUUCAGAGCUCACGGCCAUCAGCGCUACGAAACACUGAUGACAGUGAUGAUGAUCAAGAUGAAGAGGAGGAGGGCUACCAGUCUGAACUACAAACUAUCCUAGAGAGCAUGACAAGACGGAUGAUCAAGAGUGAACUUGAGGAUUUUGAAUUGGACAAAUCGGCAGAGUUCUCCUUGGGAUCCAGUGUUGGGGUGAAGAAUAACAUCUAUGCUGUGUUGGUCAUGGGAGUGUAUGAGGUGCUCAUUGAGUAUAACUUCAUGAAAGGCAACUACAGUAAAAGCCGGUUUGAAGAGCUCAUGGAACUGUUUAACCGCUACCAUAAGCUGGCUGACAUCCUGAAGGAGAAAAGCGGAAAGGGUCGAGUGCUUUCAAAGACUCCUCGCAGUCUGCUCACCAUGGGCUUCGUAUCAACACUACUCACCAUGCUCUUCAGAGACAGUACUCUGAGCAGAGAGGAGGCUCUCUCAGUGCUGCGCUCCAGUGGAGAGUUCCUGCGCUACUCAGUUAGCGUGGCCCUGCAGAAGAUCCAGCAGCUGGAGGAGACCGGACACACAGACGGCCCAGACGGACAAAACGCAGAGAAGACUUUCCGCUUCCUCUGUGACAUGACGAGUGUGCUGAUGUGGCGUUACACCAACAUACCCAGUGUGGUCGAGGAGGCAGGGCGGAAGGAGAAGCGCUCCAGCCUGUCACUGCUGUGUCUGGAGGGCCUGCUCAGGAUAUUCACAACCUGCCAACAGCGCUACCCAGACAAGAUGGCCCAGCUGCUCUCUGCUAUGGACAUCUCAGACGAUGAUACUGAGCCAGACAAUGGAAAUGUCACAGAGAUAACCUUCUUUUACAUUCGACAGUUUCAGAGGGCACUGUUCACACAGCUGAGUGGAGGAGAGGAGGAAUUCAACAGCAAAGAGGCUCAGCUGUUGGUCAGCAUCUUGAGCGUGUUGUCACGCCAGCUAAAGCCCUCCUCCCAACAGUUUGUUCAGAUGAUAACCUGGACCGUGAAAAUUUGUAAGGAGACCAGUUUUGAGGACUCUGCUUUCUGCAAAGGCCUGCUCUCCCUUCUCUUCAGCCUGCAAGUCCUCUAUAAAAGCCCUGCUGGCCUGCUGCUAGAACUCUGCCAAGACAUCCACAGCCAGCUGGGAGAUAUUGAUCAGGAUGUUGAGGUGGAAAAACAGUCUCACUUUGCCAUUGUCAACAUGAAGACUGCGACAACAACAGCACUGCUGGUCCUGUCUCAGGUUGACAGAGUGCUUGAUGAGGUGGACUGGCUGAUUGCCAAAAAGAAAACCCAACAGGCCCUUGAGAAAUCUAGCGCUGGUGAGGCCACCCAGACAGCAGACCAGCAGGAUCCAGUAGAGAAGGCCGUGACCCUGCAGCUUGGGACCCUUCUGACAGCACUUAACGAGCUGGUCCAGACAGCGCUGCUGCCCGGCACCUGCACUGACACACUGCUGAGAGAAUUAACCCGCACGUACACCAUCCUCACCACGCUGGUCAAAUAUUGUAUUCAGUUGUGUUCUGGCCAGCAAGGGGUUCUUCCAGCACGCUUUGAGAAGCUGGUCAAACUAUCUGGCUCCCACCUGACACCGCAGUGCUACUCCUUCAUCACAUAUGCCCAGAGUGGAGAGUUCAGUGGUGGAGGUGCAGAUGACAAGAAGAAGAAAAAGAAAAGGGAUGAUGUGAACCCUGCAGUCUCUGCCAAACUUCUUCGUGAGACAAAGGCUAUUCCUAACUUGAUCUUCAGCAUUGAACAAUAUGAGAAGUUCCUCAUCACGCUCUCCAAGAAAUCAAAGGUGAAUCUCAUGCAGUACAUGAAGCUCAGCACCUCGAGAGAUUUCCGCAUCAACGCUGCCUCUCUGGACGCGGCCCUGCAGGAGCAGGAUGGCAGUCAGCAGACCCCAGUGACACAGGAAGCAGAGGAGACCCAGGAGCCCAAGCACAAGAGGAGGAAACAGUGAAAGGAAAGGAAAGGAAAGGAAUCAAAUCCUUUAAGUUCCUCUCUGACCUUCAGCUUGACCAGCUGCUGAAUGGCCUCCUGAUGAUGGUGUGCAUGUAAUGCUGCUUUGAGUUAUAGUAGCUUGGUCCAUACCAUGCUAUCGUCCUUUAGCUAGAGAGCCUUUAGUGAUGUCAAUGAUCUGGUAUAUGUCCAAGGCCUCACCUGUGGAAAGUUUGGAAACUUUGUUUAAUAUAAUUCAACAUAAUUCUGUCUACAUCUGUUAGAAGGAAAAGGCAUGCAAAACAGUCUGGAUGUAUGUGUUCCAAUUGUACACUCUGUUUUUAGCAUGUUAGUGUAAUAAAUAUUUAUGUUGUAUUUGGACGUGUCAGCUGUCACUUGUGUUUAGAAUUGUACAGUUAAGUUGCUCAGUUGUUCAUGAUGUGCAGCACAAAUUGAAUUUAUAUUCUGCC